AUCCCUCUCCCCCCCGCUCCCUCUCUCUCUCUCUAUCUCUCUCGCUCCUUCUCCCUCCCUCGCUUCUCUAUUAAUAUACAGGACAGCCAUCACUAGUUAAACAAGAAAAAGCAGCUCCUACAUGCGCCUUCAUUCUUAUAUAUAAUACCCAACACAAAAAACGUUUCCACCGCUCUCUCAUGGCUGCGUCUCCUCCUCUUUCUUCAACAACCUCCUCCUCCUCCUCUUUCUCUUCCACCCCAAAACAUUCCCAACCCAUAAACCAUUUCAGGAACUUCAUUCUCUUGUAUUAAGAUUCACGCAGAGGGUGUGUGCAGUAGCAGCAGAAGAAGUUGAAUUCAGCAGACAAUCAAGAGGGGGGAGGGAAACAAAAUCAUCAGUCUGGUGAAGAAUUAAGAUGGGUUUUUGGACACUUUUUGAGGUGGCUUCCAUGCCAAUUCUGCAAGUCCUCAUAAUUGGUUCAGUGGGGGCUUUCUUGGCAACUGGGUAUUGCAACAUCCUCCCAGCUGAUGCUAGAAAAUCUGUAAACAAGAUUGUGUUCGUCGCGUUUACUCCCUCACUCAUGUUUGCGGGUCUCGCUCAAACUGUCACACUCCAGGACAUGAUCUCAUGGUGGUUUAUGCCUGUCAACAUUGGCCUAACCUUUUUAUUUGGAGGAAUACUUGGAUGGUUAGUAGUAAAAAUACUAAAACCUAAGCAGCAUCUUGAGGGCUUGAUCAUGGCCACAUGUUCAUCAGGAAACUUGGGAAACCUUCUCUUGAUCGUUAUCCCUGCAAUCUGUGAAGAGGAUGGCAGCCCAUUUGGCGAUCAUGCUUCCUGCGGCGCUUCUGGACUUUCAUAUGCUUCUCUCUCCACGGCGCUUGGUGGUAUAUUUAUCUGGACUUACACUUACCAGCUGAUACGAAGUUCAGUCACAAAAUACUAUGCUAUUCAAGACGUCAAGGAUGUAAUAAAGGUGCCCAACAAAGAAUUAGAUGCCAAUAAGGAGACUCAUCUUCUCAAGGGAGAAGAUCAAGAGCAUGGCACUUCAAGUUUUCCUCCAUCAAAUUCCACUGGGGAGGAUGUAGAAAAGCAAGUUAUUGUAUCCCAGGAAUCAGCUGGCAGCCUGGAGGACGGUAAGGAAUCAUUCUGGGCUAGAGUAGCAGGGAUCGCCGGCCAGAUGAUGAAAGAGCUACUGUCACCUCCAACCUUGGGUGCAAUUUUGGGUUUCGUUUUUGGGGCAGUCCCAUGGCUGAAAAACUUUCUGACCGGUGAUGAAGCUCCUCUGCGAGUGGUCCAAGACUCUGUCAAAUUGCUCGCGAAUGGAACAAUCCCUUGUAUCACCCUCAUACUGGGAGGCAACCUAACUCGAGGCUUACGCUCAUCAGGGAUAAAACCAUCAAUCAUCAUCGCGGUGAUUUGUGUGAGGUAUUUCAUACUUCCCCUAAUUGGAAUUGCAGUCGUCAAAGCAGCUAGCAACCUUGGCUUCGUCUUGUCAGACCCCUUGUACCUCUAUGUGCUAAUGAUUCAGUUUACACUGCCACCGGCCAUGAAUAUCGGUACCAUGACUGAACUGUUUAAUGUGGGGCAAGAGGAGUGCUCAGUCCUCUUCCUGUGGACAUACUUGUUUGCAGCCUUGGCACUCACAGUUUGGUCAACAAUCUACAUGUGGUUAUUAUCCUGAAGAGCUCUUUGGCACAUAGAAGGGAUGAAGUAUUACUAUCAGCCACCAGUUCUGGAAAAACUCAACCCUAGAAGGAGAAAAGAGGUUCAAUAUAGUGAAAUAGCCAUUCAAGUAAUACACUGGUGAGCUGUUUGGAUUUUGUUGGGUGUAAGUCUCCUGAGUUAGAUGCCAUUUGGGGGACAUUUGCACUUAAUGGCAUUUUUUUUUUUUUGUGGGUUACAUUUCCUUUGUAAGGGGCAUGUAUAUUUAGUGAUUUUUUUUUUACAUUUUUGAGUGGAAAUUUAUGUUAGUUACUGUUUGAAAUCCUUUUGUUUUAAUGAAAGCAUUUUGCUUGAUUAUCCUUUU